AUGACCAAAGCAACACAUAUCAUCCGGUUUAUUGCCAAUGAAGACAACAGAAUUCAUCUAGGCCAACUGGUAGACACAUCGCGUGACGUUGGCCUGGACAGUUUUGCAGGCAAGGAGAUCAAAGCAUACCUGAUAAACGGCUCGAUAUUUCAACCUGAAGUCACCAGUCAUGUUUACACUGUGAAGACACUCCUCUCGCCCAUUGCAAAGGAGGAGACAAACUACAUUCGCUGCUUAGGUUUGAACUAUAAGGACCACGCCGCUGAGGCUAAACUCGACCUGCCUAAAGCCCCAAUUCUUUUCACGAAGCCUCGCACAGCGCUUGCCGACCCAUAUCCAGCUGCCAUUCCCGUUCCCAAAGCAGCACAGGAUGGUACUUCUGACUACGAAGCCGAGCUGGCCCUCAUUAUCGGCAAGACUGGUCGUGACAUUCCUGAGGAUCAAGCGCUAGACUACGUACUGGGUUAUACCGCUAGCAACGAUGUCAGCGCACGAACACUACAAAUGACCACUACACAAUGGAGUUUCAGCAAAGGUCUCGAUGGAAGCUGCCCUCUCGGCCCCGUACUAGUUACCAAGGACGCCAUCCCCGACCCCCAGGUCUUGAGCAUCAAAGCCAUUUACAACGGUCAAACCGUCCAAGAUGGCAACACUAAGGAUAUGAUCUUCAAUAUCAAGAAGCAGAUCAGCUACCUAUCUCAAGGCACCACGCUAGAAGCCGGCACCAUCUUCUUGACCGGCACACCUGCGGGCAUUGGCUUUUUCCGUCAACCCCGCGUCGUGCUCGAGGACGGAGGAGACAUCAGAGUUGCGAUCGAGAAGAUUGGUACGUUGGUGAACAAAGUGCGAUAUGAGGAGUGGUAG